GGACGAACAGCUGUUCGACUGUCAGCUUUAUUCUUACCUCCCGACCCGAUGUUUAUUAAAUCAAAUUCGACUUUUUAGUGUUCAAAUGGCUGACAAAAUUUGCGAAAGCUGGUCGUGCUCACCUCCAGUCGACUCCUUCCCCUGGACACUCUUGCAUUUCACAUCCUGUUGCGCCGUCAAUGGAACAUCCCAGAAUAUUGCAUAAUUGAGACUUCCCGGGCCUUCAAAUUGGAACUUCGACUUUCAAUUAAUUGACGGCUCGCACGAAAAUUAACCUGCCAAUUGCCUUCGAUAUUCCGCAUUACGCCAAUUGAGCCGUUGAUUUUUAAUAACUAACCGAGGCUCUUUUGGCCACAGUGGCCCGGAUCGGGAAAUCUAAUCGUCGUCGCAGGGACCAUAAAACCAUUCGAAGAGCACACUCCGACUCCGAAUAUGAGCAGGUACCAACGGAACCGUGGAGCUGGUAGCCCUACAAAUCCAGCGGGGCCAGUCUACGGCGUGAUCUCGACGUUGGACGACGCAUCUCCGAGUCCCGCGGAUUUCGCCAGAUGCUCCUCUCCCGAGGCCAAGAAAAGUGAGCUGAGCUUGUUCCUUAACUGGGGAGGCCCCCGAAAAAAUAUGGAGAUUAGCCCCAAGCCAAGAAACCGCAGCUGGAUCGUCGACGUGCUGGCCAUCUUCUUCGGCAUAGGCACCUGGCUGGGCGUCAAUGGCACCUUCAUUCAGCUGCCCCUUCUGGUGGACGAAGCCCCGGAGGGCUGGAGUCUGCCCUCCUACCUUAGCGUUAUGGUCCAGAUCGGCAAUUUGGGACCACUGCUCUACACGGCUAUCCAGAAGUACUCGCCGAAGAAACUAAAUGAUGGUUGGACCAUUCACGGAGUGCUUCUGGUGGGAGCCAUAUCCUGCUUGCUGACGGCGUUCUUCUACAACAAAACCGCUUCGGUGGCUGGCACAGAUCACAGCUUAGCCCUCUUUUUGCUCACCUGCUUCACGGCGCUGAAUGCGUGCACGAGCUCGGUGCUUUUUAUGCCCUACAUGGGACGCUUCAAGGAGCAGUACAUGGUCACCUACUUCAUUGGAGAGGGCCUGAGUGGUCUCCUGCCCAGCGUGACGGCUUUGAUCCAGGGCAUCGGCGAGAGUGGCGACUGUGUACUGGUCAACGUAACCGAGAGCGGAGAGGGGGUCUACGAGCUGCAGAAGACACCUCCGAGGUUCGAUACCCGUGUCUUCUUCCUCAUCCUUUUCGCGCUCAUGGUGCUGGCCUAUGUGGGGUAUACCCUUUUGAACUCACUCCCCUUGGCCAGGAAGGAGUACGCGCAGGUGACCGUCAGUGAGGGCAACAAGUACGUUUACGGAGAGGCGGAUAACCAGCCAAAAGCGGAGAAGCUGAGUAAAGGACAGUACACAUACCUGCUCCUGCUAAUCGGUGCGAUUUCGCUGUUCAGCAACGGAAUGUUCGGCAGCAUACAGUCCUACUCCAGUGCCCCGUACGGAAGCCAAGCGUACCACCUGGCAGCCACCCUCAGUGUGAUAGCCAAUCCGGUGGCCUGCUUCAUGGCCAUGUUCCUGCAUUUCACCUCCCUGCGGAUUAUCACAGUGCUCUCUAUCCUUGCGGGUCUCCUGACCAGCUAUGUUUUUACCACGGCGGCCCUAAGCCCUCUUCCGCCUCUUCACGAUCAGACCGUGGGUGCCGUACUCGUGGUCACCGCCUGGACUUUGCUGGUCGGGAUUGUGAGCUACACGAAACUGGGAAUCACCACGGUUAUGCGGGCGCAGGGUGGACAGUCGCUGGUCUGGGUGGGCGCCAUCACGCAGCUGGGAUCCGCCAUUGGAGCAGUGGCCAUCUUCUUUGCUAUCAACUACUCGGACCUUUUCCAGGCCGCACAGUCGAACUGUUAACCUCGCCGGAAACUCGACGGAGCCAGAAUAUCCAGGGAUGCAUCGUGAUUUUAUAAAUGUUAGUUAGUGUGAUAUUUUAAUGUGUAUGUCCACCUCAAGUCACAAUGAAGACAAUACCUUAUUACCAGAA